AUGGAAUUGGAGAGUAAAAACCAACUCCAAGUUUCAAAUGCAGACCAACAAAGUGAAGGAACCAAUUUUUUCAAAACUUGUUUCAAUGUAAUCAAUACAUUGACAGGUAUUGGAAUACUCUCAAUGCCAUAUGCAGUUUAUCAAGGAGGAUGGUUUAGUUUUCUGCUGCUGAUUAUUUUCGCAAUGAUAUGUUGCUACACAGCUUUACUUUUGGAUAGAUGUAUGAAUGCAAAUGCGCGAAUCAAAUCAUAUGCUGAUUUAGGUGAGGUUGCUUUCGGCUACAAAGGAAGAUCUAUAUUAGCUAUUUUCAUAUACAUAGAGUUGUUUUUAGUUGCUGUGGAGCUUCUUAUAUUAGAAGGAGACAAUUUGGAGAAGCUUUAUCCAAAUAUGAGAUUCACAAUUUUUGGUCUUAGAAUUGGUGGUAAAACUGGUUUUGUUAUUCUCACUGCUUUUGCAAUACUUCCAACAACAUGGUUGAGAAACUAUGGAGCUUUAGCCUAUGUUUCUGUUGGUGGGGUGUUUACUUGUGUUGUUUUGAUUGGAUGUGUUGUCUGGGUGGGUGAAGUUGAUGGUGUUGGGUUUCAUGAAAGAGGUGUGUUACUAAAUUUGGGAGGGUUGUCUACUUCUAUGAGCCUUUUUGCUUUCUGUUACAAUGCUCAUGCAUUAAUGCCAACAAUACGUAAUUCCAUGUCUGACAGAAACCAAUUUUCUAAGGUUUUGGUUGUUUGCUUUGGUGCAAGUGCUAUGAUCUAUGGAACUAUUGCUGUUCUAGGUUACAUGAUGUUUGGAGAUAGUUUAAAGUCACAGAUCACAUUAAAUUUACCAACAAACACUAUAAGUACUAAAAUAGCAAUUUAUUCCACCAUGAUUAAUCCUUUCACUAAGUAUGCUAUUAUAAUCAGUCCAAUAACAAUUGCUAUUGAGGAGAAAUGGCAUAUAUGCAUGAGCAGACCUAUUAGCAUUGUAGUUAGAACAACUAUUGUUGCUAGCAGUGUUCUUGUGGCACUAUACAUUCCCUUUUUUGCAUACAUUAUGGCAUUUACUGGUGCAUUCUUGAGUGUUGCAAUCUCAUUGUUGUUCCCUUGUGUGUGCUAUUUAAAGAUAAAUAAAGCUGCUACGAGAUUUGGACUAGAGAUGAUGAUCAUCAUGGGAAUUCUUAUCAUUGGUACAUUGAUUGGAAUACUUGGCACAUAUAUCUCAGUUGAGAAAAUAGUUAAUCAGAUGAAGCAUUGA